GCGCUCGUCCCUCUUUAACGGGAGUUCCUCCGGUGUUCCUCCGGUAGUCAUGUCCCGUUAACCGGUUUGAGUCGGUAGUUUGGACGAGAGAGAGGUGAACUAAAUACCGGAGCAGAGCUGGAAGCAGACAUGGAGCCAGUGCGUCAGUGGAGCCCGCAACAAGUGGUGGACUGGAUGAAAGGUCUGGACGACAGCCUGCAGCAGUACGUCCCGUCCUUCCAGCAGCAGCAGGUGGACGGGGAGAAGCUGCUCAGGAUGUCCCACCAGGAGCUGCUGUCUCUGGGCUUGUCGCGGGUCGGACACCAGGAGCUGGUGCUGGAGGCCGUGGAUCUGCUCUGUGCACUGAACUACGGUGUGGAGAAGGACAACCUGAAGACGUUGGUGGGGCGGAUGAGAGCGGCGCACCACAACCUGAGCGGCUCGGUGUCGCAGCGCAGGAAGAACCCGGCCUACCACAACAAGAUCUCCCAUCAGCCCUCCAACGAGUUCCUCACCGCCGUGGUCGAGCUCAUCGGAGCCGCCAAGAGUCUGCUGGCCUGGCUGGACGGGACUCCUCUGACGAGCACCAACGACUUCACCUCCACCAAAAGCAGAAUCAUCCAGCUGUGCCUGGAGCUGACCUCCACCGUCCAGAAGGACUGCACUGUUUAUGAGAUUGAGGAGAAGAUUCUGGAAGUGUCCCGAGCUCUGACCGGCGUCUGCGAGAAAACGGCCCAGAUGACCUCUGACCCCUCAAAGAGCGAGCUGUCCUGUCUGGAGGAGGUGCCCAUCACCAACGUCAAGCCUGGGGAGGGACUGGGUAUUUACAUCAAGUCCACCUACGACGGGCUUCACGUCAUCACAGGAACCACAGAGAAUUCUCCUGCAGAUAAAACCCAGAGGAUUCACGCUGGAGAUGAAGUCGUUCAGGUCAACAAACAGACAGUGGUGGGCUGGCAGUUGAAGCACCUGGUGGAGAAGCUGAGGGCGGAGUCUGGAGGCGUCGUCCUGACGGUGAAGAAGAGGCCGUCUGGAACCACCUGCGGCUUCGCACCCGCCCCGCUGAAGAACAUGCGCUGGAGGCCGCCGCUCAUACAGACCUCUCAGGGAGCUCCGGGUCUCUACAGAACUCGACAGCCAGAAACAUCCGACGCUCCUGGGAAGAAAGGGAAGACGGCCAUAUUGGAUUUGUACGUCCCUCCUCCUCCUGCAGCACCUUACGCACCGCUAGACGGGAACAUCAACAUGUCUCCGGUUUUGAAACGGAGGCCCAAGUCUCCAAACUCGUGUCUGGACGCAGACGUGCGGCGACGCUUCACGUUCAUUGACGACAACAGGACGGCCGUCAGCCCCCCCCCACCUGAACCCAGCCAACCAAUCCCUGUGUGCCUUAGACAGCGCUCGUCUACACGCUGCAAACCUCGACCCGUGUCCAUGCCGGUGGAGUCGUUCUCAGGUGACCCGUCCUCCAGACCCGGUGCUCAGGGAAGGAAAGACAACCUGCACAGAUAUCUGAGCAACGAGGGGAUCAGCACCAUCACAGAGGAGGAGCCAUGUUACCCUCUGCCGUAUCGAGGACACCCGUCUGUCCGCGGCGUCGACCACAUCCGGGGCAGCCAGUGCUUCAUCAACGCCAACCUGCACAACAGCGCCACCAUCCCGUACCAGGAAGCGGCGUCCAAGAAGCCUUCCGCCUCCACCUCCGCCGCCGCUCCUCCUCCUCAGGCUGCGACCAAACCGUCCACGUCGCUGCUCGGCGGCUGGCUGGCUCGUCUCAGGCUGCUCAGCCACGCUGCUUCCUCCUCUGCUGAGCGUCAUUCUGCUGCAGAGACAACCACACUGCUGGACGUCCAACCUGCAGCGGGCUCUGCAGCCAUGAGUCGACGGCGGGUCUCGGUCAGGGAUCUGGGCCUGGUGGACUGUCAGGGCUGGCUCCUCCGCAGGAAGCAGCACCGCAGCUUCCUGGGAAGCAAAUGGAUGAGAUACUGGUUCGUCCUGAAGAAGAGUUCUCUGUACUGGUACACCAGCAAGACGGCGGAGAAAGCAGAAGGAUUCAUCCACCUGUCCGGCUUCACAAUCGAACCGGCCCAACAGUGCAAAAAGAAACAUGCCAUAACAGCCAGCCAUCCUCUAGUUGUGACUAUUUUCAUCGCUGCAGAGAGCUUCAAAGACAUGAACAAGUGGAUCAGCAAGCUGUCCGAAGCCACUGAGCCCAGUGAGCUGAUCGACACCAAAGAGUGCUACAGUGAGAGCAGCGAUCAGGACGGCGAGGAGCUCGUCUCCACUUCCUGUUCUCUGAACUCUGAGCAGGAAACAGAAGAUUCUGUAAAUGUAGACGUUCUUCAUCCAGUCUGUGAGUCGACAUCCUGCGACUCCACGCCGCCCGCUGAAAACAGACGAAGAAGUACCUCGGAGGGUGGAGGUCUGACUAGAAACAGAAGAAGAAGAAAAGCCUCAGAGGGCGGUGAGCCGCUGUCAGAGCUGGACGUCCCGGAGCCCGAUGGAGCCGGUGGAGCAGCGUCCGUCCCUCUGCUCCACGUCGACGAAGGAGAACCAAAAGAGGAGGUGGUCCUCGAGAAGCCAGCUGAUGAGAUGGAGCGUCUCUACAAACACCUGAAGGCCAGCAGCUUGUCUCCCAUUGGACAGUCCAGUCGGCGGGACUUCAGAGCGUCGUUCAUCAGACGAUGUCCGAACGACAAAAUGAACGAAAAGCUUCACCUGCUCCGGAUCCUCGGCAGCACGAUGAAGGCCAAAGAGGCGGAGCUUCUGGCGGUGGAUCAGAUCCUGACCAACCCGAGUCUUGCGGCGUCCACAUACAGGACGUGGAGACUCUCCAACUUCCUGCUGCUGCAACAGAUCGCUGAACGCAGCCAGGCAGCAGGGGGCGCUGCAGAGCGGACGCCUCGGGACGCGUUAAGGCCGAGAUGAGGAAGACUACUGUGAAAAUCCAACAGAAGAGACCACGGGACCCUUAUCUUAUCUUAGCAGAGUGUCCUCGAUCCCCAUUUUUCAUGCGUUUUUCUACAAAAGUACAGCAACACAAGUCAACCUCUGCGCGUUACAUGCAGACAGUCUUUUCAAAAUGAACUUCUGUGUUCACAGGAAGCAGCUCAGUUAUGUUGAGGCAACAAAACUACCUAUUUUGGAGACACGACUCUAAAAUGAACUCGCUCCGUUUUAUUCUGUUAAAUCUCUCUUAAAAAAACACACUUUUUCCAGAAUUGCUUUCUCUUGAAUCUGUACUUUUUCCGUUUUUACUUGACUUGUUUUUAAUAUGUUUUUAUUGAUUUAUACCUUUCUUUGUAAUUUGUGUUUGGUUCAUUGUUUGGAAGAAAAAAGCUGCGUUGUUUAUGUUUUAAAAGCAGAACAAAACAAAACAAAAAACAGCUUUUCUGUUUUAAAAAUGGAAAAACAUUGGAGUGUUUUUUGUUUUGUUUUCUACAUAACUGGAGCUUUUGUUGAUUCUGCAGUUUUUCUGUUUGUUUUUUUAUUUUCAUUUUUUACGGUCUGAUUUUUAUAACAAAACAUUAUUUCAGUAUUAAAUCUCUUUUUAUUUAUCAUUUAUCUGUUUUUG